CUUCCGCCCUUGUCUUACCCCUCGGACCCGACUUUCCGCCCUCACUUAACCUCUAGCCAAUCGGAGCCUGUGUUUGGCCCACACCGGAAGUUCCGGUGUUGAACUUUGUUGGGGGUGGGCUCCCUGUUCUUUUCAGAAAGGACCCCCCCCGCUUGUAUAUUCUGGCACAGUUUCGACGUCACGAUCGUAGCCUGAGAACGAUGGGGCCCGAGGAAGCCUCUCGGGCAGUGGAGAAACCCCCACAGCCAUUCUUCGGGGUCUACCUCCUCUACUGUCUCAACCCCAAAUACAGAGGCCGUGUCUACGUGGGCUUCACCGUGAACCCCUCUCGGCGAGUCCAGCAGCACAACGCGGGGCGCAAGAAGGGAGGGGCGUGGAGGACUAGCGGGCGAGGACCAUGGGAAAUGGUCCUUAUCGUCCAUGGCUUUCCUUCUGAUGUGGCUGCCCUUAGGUUUGAGUGGGCCUGGCAGCACCCUCGGUCCUCUCGGCGCCUGGCUCAUGUAAGUGGAAAAGGCAGAAGGGAAGGAGCCUUUUUUUUCCACCUUCGGGUCCUGGCCCAGAUGCUGCAAGUGUCCCCCUGGAAUAGGUUGCCCCUCACCGUUCGUUGGCUACGACAGGACUUCCAGCAGGAACUCAGCCCUCCUCCUCCCCAGCACAUGCCUCUUGCUUUUGGGCCUUUGCAACCAGGCCUCAGUCAGAGGGAAAGGAGAGGGGUGGACAAGGAAGCAGAUGAGGUCUUCUGCUCACUCUGCCAGCAGCUAGUCCAGGAUAAGGGUGGAUCCCUUUGCUGUCCUCAUCCCAACUGUCUAUUGAAUGCUCACUUAAUUUGCCUUGCUGAAGAAUUCCUUCAAGAGGAACCUCAACAGCUUCUGCCCCUGAAGGGCAGCUGCCCAGGCUGUAAAAACACUUUACUGUGGGGAGACCUGAUCCGUCUACACCAGGCAUAUCCCAGCAAUCUGGAGGAGAUAGAAUCUGACCUUGAAGAGACACACUGGACAGAUGAACUGAAGACUUAAGUGGCCGCCUUUUUCUACCUCAAAAGGAGGUCUGCCUUUCCAGAAACCCGGUUCUACUUUCGACCUCCAGCAGUCUUGGGGGCUUUUUCAUCAUUUUUAGAAAACAGGUUGAAAAUAUUUGGAGCUGGAUUUCAGUUUUAGCUCCAAAACUUAGCAGCUGUAUCAUACUAGUUCUAUAUAGUUGUUAAUGUAAGUUCGUACGAUAAAGAAACUGAGUUAAAUGCUGGGCUACUUUGGGGUAAGGAAAAAAGGCAGAAAUCUGGGAUGGGGUCACAGAGAAACCAAAUGUGUGAUUUCUUACACAUGAGGUUUAGCUGAGAGAAGAUGGAGGAAGGGGAGAAGUGGAGGGAAGCUUCCACAGCCUAUCCCUGCCUACAGGUGUGAGGUUAUACUAGGAGAGCAAAUACUGCUACAAGCACCUGGCUUUAGGGUUAGGUGCUCUUAGGAUACUGCAUUCCUGACCUCAGCUUUGGUUUCACUCACGUAGUGCUGGUGACCAAAAGGAGAGCUCACAGCUCUCUGGAAGAACUGGGGAAAGAAGGAACUAUAAGAUACGAGCUGGGGAGGGGGGGGAGGGAAGGAAAGAGCUGGGUCUCAUCUCCUCCAAUUAGACUGGAAGCUCCUUGAGAGCAGGGAGUGUCUCCGUUUUCUAUUUGUCUCUCCAACAUCCGGCAGAGCUUGGCACACAGGAAGCUCAUAAAUGAAAUGCUUUUUUAUUCAUUCAAGUACUUGCAUGAGUUUUUCCAAAUUCCUGAUAAUUUGGGAGACAAAUUGCAAUUCACAAAAUCAUGUUAUUUUAUAUUUUUAAAAAUAUUUUAUUUACAUGUUUUUAAAUAAUAAUGAAUGACUAUGAUAAUAAACAAUCACUUUUCUGUGAAUGUUAUACUAAAAGUUUCAUGUUUUUUUGAAAAAGAAAAUAAAUGCAUGAUUUAUUGUUAUUACAAACUAAUAGAUUGUUUACUGACAAACAUAUCUGUCAACAAGUUGACUGAUUUCCUUUAACUUUCUUAAGCUAUUUCCAACAUUCUUCAUAACCGUUAUUAUGGAUAUCUACAAAUUUUGUCAAAUAAAUAAGGAAUAUUGCUAAGUCGUAUUUAUUUUUUUAAAACUGUAACCAUUGGCAAAUACUCAAACACUGGAAAACACCAGUGAACAUUAUUGGGUAGCAUUCAAAUAAUCUAAUGAGCAAAGUUAAUAGCAUUACAGAAAAUGAUAUGACAAAACCAUCAAUUUAAUAGGACUCCAUUUUUCUUCCCAAACUUAUUUCUUGGGAUGCUAUCUAGAUAAGAUUUGUAUAAAG